GUUUGGUGUGAUGUCGCUGCAGGUGGGACUCCUCGCCGGCAGACGGUGACGGUGCAGAGACCUGCAGAGCAGAGUUUCUCUCAGCAGUUUGUUCGUCCUCAGCAGCUUCUGGAGGGGAAGGAUGCCGAGGCCAUCUAUCAGUGGCUCAGUGAGUUCCAGCUGGAGCAGUACAUCGGGAACUUCAUUAGUGCUGGUUAUGAUGUUCCAACCAUCAGCAGGAUGACUCCCGAGGAUCUGACCGCCAUCGGAGUGACCAAACCAGGCCACCGCAAGAAAAUCUCCAUCGAGAUCAACAACCUGAACAUCCCUGAGUGGCUGCCUGAGUACAUCCCAUCUGAUCUGGGUGAGUGGCUCAGUGCCAUCGGCCUCCCACAGUACCACAAACAACUCUCUGAAAACGGCUACGACUCCAUCAGCAUCGUCAAAGACCUCACAUGGGAGGAUCUGCAGGAGAUCGGCAUCAUCAAGCUGGGCCACCAGAAGAAGCUGAUGUUGGCGGUGAAGAAGCUGUGUGACAUCCAGAGGGCGAUCCUUCAGGCUGAAUCAGGCCAAGGCACGCUGCGUCGCAAAGCCCCGGGAGCCCUCCACCUGGUCGCCAUCGAGCCGCCUGACUCAGCGGGCGAAUGCUCUUCUCCUAACACCCCAAAGAUGCUGACCUUCCAGGACAGCGAGCUGAGCGCCGAGCUGCAGACGGCCAUGUCCAGCCACUAUGGAGGCUGCGAGGAAGGAUUGGCCAUCAAGAACGCAGUGGGAAUGUACCAGAGCCAGGAGAGCAUCGACGCCCGGUCCAGGGGCUCCGGGCGCUCCCAGGAGCCUCCCACGGCUUCCAUCACCCCCCACAGCUGGUCUCAGGAGAGCCUGGAUGGCAGCCCCGCCAGGGAGAGGAACCUCCCAGAGGGCUGGGACCAGAGACCGAAGCAGGUGCCUCUGGGCACAGCAACAGUGUUUAAGUACCCAGCAAUCCCAGCCAAGCCCAAACUGUCUGGAUCUCGUGGUCCCUCCCCUCAUGGCUCCCCAGCACUGAAGGGUUUCAGCUACUUGCAUUCUCAUUGUGGAUCCACAGACUUGAGCUCACCUCCCAGGCCUGAGAACCACAGUAUGACCCUGAUGCCGCCCAAGAGGCGCACCCAGAGCACGAUCCGCUAUGCUCUGUCGGAUGGAGAGCCCGAUGAGGACGACGAGGAGCCGGCGUUUCGUUCUGGAAACCUGUCAUCUUAUGCCACCUUGACCCGCAAACCCGGCCGCAGCCAGCUGGCUCGAUUACAGUCGAGUCCAGAGAAGAACGGCAACGUGGGACGCAGCCAGUCCUUUGCAGUGCGUGCCCGUAAAAAAGGUCCCCCUCCUCCUCCUCCGAAGAGACUGAGCUCAGUGAGCAGCACCACCAGUGGGGAGCUAAGCGACAGCAGCACCACAUCGUCUGCCGGCGGGCCGGUAACCGACAGUCCAGUCAGCGUGAGGAGCAUCGCAGCCUCUCUGGAAGGCAGGACGGAGGGUAAGAACUCCCCAGGACCUAAACCAGUCCUCGUCCAGCAGGAGCCGUCACCUCCCCCCUCCCUUGACUCUGCAGGGCAGGAGCCCAGAGAGGCUGCCGGGUUGAGGAGGAGGGUGCAGAGCGAGUGUAUUCCCACCCAGACCGGCAGCAGCAACAAGCCAGAUCGAGGGGUGAAGUCGGACUCUGAGGAAGAAGAAUCAAAAGGUCGCGGACUGGAAGGCUCCUCCUCCCCUCAGAACAGCUCCAGCGAGUGCAUCCCCUUCGCAGAGGAGGGCAACUUGACUAUCAAACAGAGGCCCAAAGCUCCGAGUCCACCCAGGGCUGAGGCGGUGCUGGAGCCUCCAGAGAAACAAGAAGCCAAGAACCUGGAGGUGCCCGAGUUCAACCUGAAGGAGUCGGACACAGUGAAGCGCCGACACAAACCCAAAGACAAGGAGCAGGGAGGAGGUUCCCCGAGCAGAGAGGGAGCAGAGGAAGCCGGGUCAGAGUCCAGCAGUAGCAGGCCUCCGUCCCAGAGCCAGGAUGAGGUCAGUCUGAGGAUUAGUGAGGCCAGUCUGGAGAGGCCGUCCAGUCCGGCAACAGGAUCCUCAAUCAAACCUCCUCUCUCCCCGAAACCUGCUGUCGCCCCAAAACCUGUCCGCAACAGUCUGUUGGCAGCGCAAGCUGGACUCUCCUCUCCAUCGUUGACCGUCAGUGUGGUUCAAAGUGUGGCCUUCACCUCUCCACCCUCUCCGGUUCACGGGCCCCCAGCUUCAGCUCCAGCUCCGGCUCACGGGCCCCCGGCUCACGGGCCCCCGGCUCCGGCCCCUCAGAGUCCCUCUCUGACAGCGGCAAGGCCUCAGGUAUGUGUGGUGGGUCCGGGUCUCAUCCCCGAGUCGUCCUGCGGGACUGAGGUGAUUCAGCAGAGACUGGAUCAGACCAGCACCUCUCUGGAAGCGGCUCUGAAGGCCGUCGAGAGAAAACUGAACCUGGAGGACUCAGACGGUGGAUCGAACACGGUGAAGUCUGCGGGGACGAUUCUGGACGACAUCGGCAACAUGUUUGACGACCUGGCUGAUCAGCUGGACGCCAUGUUGGAUUGAAGACUUUUCAAAAUAAAAGAAUAUUCACCCUCAACCUCAGGAAGUGAACCAGAGAGAAGACGAAAGAGGGUGGAUGUUUUUACACCUCAGCUCUGAACUCAGUCAGAAGACACCAGCACUUCACCUCCACUGAGCUUCCACAACAACGUCCUGGACUCACGGUUCUGACCCGGUCUGGUCUCUGUAUCCACAGAUCCAAAGUCCAGCUGAAACCACCUCCACUUUGCUUCCUCAACAACGACCUGGACUCACGGUUCUGACCCAGUCUGGUUCCUGUCUCCAUGGAUCCAAAGUCCAGCUGACACCUUUUUAACGUGGCGUCGUCGUCUCUCGUUGAACCAAACUAACAUUGGACCCACUGGGAGGAAAAUAACUCCUCCGCAGGUUAUUCGGAUUAUUGUUAAACAUUAAUAUCGUUAUAUUGAGAUUUAUCUUUAUGACGUGAUAGAGAGCCGAAGUCCCGACGCCUCCUCCAGUACAUUUACUCAAGUUUUGAACUUAAGUACAAUUUUGAUGUACUUUCCUACAGUAUUUUAUACUUCUACUCCACUACAUCUCAGAGGAAAAUAUUGUACUUUUUACUCCACUACAAUUAU